UCUGUAAAAGGCCAAAUACACCCCCUGAAUACUUUUUUCUUUUGCGUGGGGCUGUUCCUCCCAAGAAAACACCAGCCAUCAUACUAAAACUUGCUGGGGUUUUCUUCUAAACAAUCAUCACCAUUUUUUCAGAUUUGCUUGUUCUUCCUCUGCAUGUGAAAAAACAAAAAAACCAAACAGAAGAAAGCGAAAACACAAAAAAAAAAUGGCUUGGGAACCCAUUCUUUGGCUGAUAUUUUUAGUCAUUAAUAUUUCCCUCAUCUCAUUAAUCAUCUAUCAGAUUGUGUGUUUAACAGAUUUGGAAGCUGAUUAUAUGAACCCUUACGAGUCUUCAUCUCGUAUCAACUCUGUGGUCCUUAAAGAGUAUAUUUUACAUGGUGUAUUUUGCAUCCUAUUCCUUAUCACAGGGCAUUGGUUUAUCUUCCUGCUAAUGCUUCUUCCUGCUUACUAUAAUGCCAGAAAAUUCUUAAACCGGCAGCAUCUUAUUGACGUGACUGAAGUUUUUAGGUUCAUCGAGUCUGAGAAGAAGAAUCGGAUAUUCAAGCUGGGUUUCUACUUGGUCCUCUUUGUUCUAGUGCUUGUCAGUCUGGUCCUAUCUUUUAUCAACGCUCUAGUCGAUGAAGAUGAUGCUAUCGAUUUCGGUUCCUUACCACUGCCCAGUUUCUUUUGAAGAUAUUUUCCACUUUUUGGUCAAGGAGAUAGAUAGCUGAGGUCUGAUCAACCAAUAUAGUCCUGGGAAACGUCUACUUGAGUUCCGAGCUAACCUAGUUACUCUAAUUUGUAUCUGCUGGUUAUUUUUCAAGAAAUUUUUUGUUCAAACUGUAUCAGGCUUGACUUUUGACAGUCUUUUCGACAUUAGAUUGUUCACUUGCUCUUUUGCGCUCAGUCUGGUGCACUUAGGCUUUUAGUUGAGUAACUCUGGCAGUUGAAUAGCCAUAUGAGCUAUAUGUUACAUAUCUUAUAAAUGUCCUGUAGACUUUUCCUAAUAGAAAGCCUCAUUUUGUCUCCUA